AUGGAUUUACGCUCCGGAUAUAACAAUGUCAGAAUCAAAGAUGGUGACCAAUGGAAGGGCGCAUUUAAGACAAAUCGCGGACUUUUCGAACCUAUGGUCAUGUUCUUUGGACUCUGCAAUUCCCCGGCGACUUUCCAAAUGAUGAUGAAUGCACUCUUCAAGGACAUGAUCGAUGAGGGAUGGAUAGUCAUUUACAUGGAUGAUAUUCUCAUUUUCUCAAACGAUUUGGAAGAACAUCACGUUCGAACCCGACGCGUACUCCAACGACUCAAAGACAACGACUUAUUCCUUAAACCGGAAAAGUGUUUCUUUGACGUUAAAGAAGUCGAAUUCCUAGGCAUGAUCAUUCGAGAAAACUACAUUGGCAUGGACCCUAUCAAACUUAAAGGAAUUGCGGAAUGGCCUGAACCAAGCACGGUAAAAGGUGUUCGCUCUUUCCUAGGGUUUGGAAACUUCUAUCGGAAGUUUAUUGCCAACUUCUCGGAUAUUGCCAAACCAUUGACAAAUCUUACGCGCACUGCCGCUGGAUCUCCACCUUUUGAAUGGACAACAGAAUGUCAGACAGCUUUCGACACAUUGAAGCAACGAUUCAGUACCGCCCCAGUACUGUUACUGCCUGACAAGGCAAAACCCUUUAUUGUUGAAUCUGACGCUUCCAAGUUUGCUACGGGUGCAGUUUUACGCCAAGCCGAUAUCAAUGGAGACCUCCAUCCUUGUGCCUACAUUUCACAGACGCUCAAUCCAGCUGAACGGAACUACGAAAUCUACGACCGCGAACUCCUCGGAAUCAUUCGAGCCCUCACUGAAUGGCGCCAUUAUCUUGAAGGCUCUCCCCAUCCCGUCGAAGUUCGCAGUGAUCACAAGAACCUCAUGUACUUCCGUACAGCUCAGAAGUUAAACCGCCGACAGGCACGAUGGAGUCUCAAAUUAUCACAAUUUGAUCUUCACCUCAUCCAUGUCCCUGGCACUCAGAUGAUCCAAUCUGAUGCGCUCUCUCGUCGUAAUGGACUCGAUGACAGUGAAAGUGACAACGAAGAUCGCAUUCUUUUACCCAACGCACUAUUCGUGCGAUCCAUUUCCCCGACACUAUUCGACGAAAUCAGGAAUCACGCAGCAAAAGACCUCAUUGUUCACGAAGCCCUCGAAGCGAUUGCACACAAAGGGCCAUUCCCCAUGAAAUCAUCGCUUUCCGACUGGGAAGUUCGCGAUGGUGUCAUCCUCUACAAGGGAAAGAUUUACGUUCCACCAUCCGAAACUCUUCGUUGUGAUCUCGUUCGACUACAUCACGACUCCCCUGCCAUGGGUCACCCUGGAAAGUUCAAUACUCUUGAACUGUUACGUCGUGAAUUCUGGUGGCCUGGCAUGUAUACAUUUGUCUACAAUUAUGUUGAAGGCUGUGCCGCCUAUCAACAAAUGAAACCGAAUACUCAUCCAACUCGUAUUCCUUUGGAACCAAUUCCCGCCGACCCACACGCAUUACCAUUUUCCUGUUGCACCACCGAUUUUAUUACCGACCUCCCCGUUUCCAACGGUUUUGAUUCAAUUAUGGUCGUAGUAGACCAUGACCUUACGAAGGGGGUGAUUCUUACGCCCUGCCUCAAAACGAUCACAGCCGAAGGAACGGCCAAGAUUUUUCAUGACAAAGUAUACUCGCAAUUUGGAUUACCCGACCGAAUCAUCUCGGAUAGAGGACCUCAAUACGCAUCCAAGGUCUUCCAAGAGUUAAAUCGACUACUCCAGAUCAGAUCAUCAAUGAGCACAGCUUAUCACCCUCAGAUGGACGGAGAAACAGAGCGAGUCAACCAGGAGCUGGAAAUCUAUCUUCGACUCUAUUGUGGAAACAACCCUGAAACAUGGGCCGACCGCCUGCCAGACCUCGAGUUUUGUCAUAACACAAGGGAACACUCGGCACGGAAGAUGAGCCCAUUCCGCAUCAUGAUGGGAUACGAACCACGGGGACUCCCUUCCGUAUUUCCGACCACGAACAUUCCAUCGGUUGAAUCCAGGCUUGACAUGUUGCAGAAGAUAAGACUAGAAGCACUAGCCAUGCACGAGUUAGCCCGACAACAGAUGGCGGACCGAGUCAGACGAGGAUCACCGAAGUUUACACUAGGACAGAAGGUCUGGCUAGACUCGAGGAACCUGAAGGUCAAUUACGCCUCGUGCAAGAUAGCACCAAAGCGCGAGGGGCCAUUCGAAAUUGUCGAAGUCAUCGGACCAGCCAACUAUCGUCUCAAACUCCCGAAGACCUGGCGAGUUCAUUCCAUAUUCCACGCCGCCCUUCUAUCUCCUUAUCGCGAAAACGACAUACAUGGUCCGAAUUACGUGAACCCACCACCUGAUGUCGUUGAUAACGAAGAAGAGUACGAAGUCGAAGCCAUCCUGAAUCACAAGACGUACCGAGGUCAUCUGAGGUACUUAGUCAAGUGGAAGGGAUAUUCUUCAGCAGAAAACUCGUGGGAACCUACCCACAAUUUACAGAAUGCCAAGCGAAUCCUCGAUGCAUAUAAAAGGACCAGGAGAAUCCAGUAG